GGCGGCGGAGGGGCGAUGGGCUCGGUGCUGAGCGGCGACGGCGGCAAGCCCGUGCCCGCCGCGCCCCCGCGGGCCCCGCCGCGCCGGCCGGACCCCGCGCCGCCCGCCCCGUCCUUCGACUGCGCCGUGUGCCUGGAGGUGCUGCACCGGCCGGUGCGCACCCGCUGCGGCCACGUGUUCUGCCGCUCCUGCAUCGCCGCCAGUCUGAAGAGCAGCAGGUGGACCUGCCCGUACUGCCGGGCCCACCUCCCUUCGGAAGGAGUGCCGGCCACCGACGUGACCAAGAGGAUGGAGUCCGAGUUCCAGAACUGCGCCGAGUGCGGCGCCCGGGUUUGCCUCAGCGAGAUGAGGGCGCAUGUGAGGAGCUGUCAGAAGUACAUAGAUAAAUAUGGACCUCUGCAAGAACUUGGGGAGACAGCAGCAAGGUGUGUGUGUCCAUUUUGCCAGAAGGAACUGGAUGAAGACAGCUUGUUGGAUCAUUGUGUUAAUCAUCACAGAUCAGAAAGGAGACCUGUGUUCUGCCCACUCUGCCGUUUGAUACCUACCGAGAACCCUAGCAGUUUCAAUGGCAGUUUGAUAAGACAUUUGCAAGUCAGUCACACGCAGCUCUAUGAGGAUUUCUUAGAUUUUAAUAUAAUUGAAGAAGCUCUUAUCCGAAGGGUAUUAGAUCGGUCACUUCUGGAAUAUGUGAGUCACUCAAACACCACAUAAUGUUGUGAAAAGGAGAAGGAAGGAGACCGUACAGUUGCACCAUUUGUUAAGAUGCUGCUGAAACAGCUGGAGGGGAAUUGUGGAUGUUCAAUGGGCAGAAAUGUAUAAACCAGUUAUGUUGCAUUUUAAAACUGCAUUUAUCUUGAUGGCUUAAAUCUGUUUUACAUUCCUGAUCUUUUUAGAUGCUCAACAAACAAAAAUAGUCUCCAUUAGCCCAUUAAUAUGUGAAAGAGAACGUAAGGCUGAGAUUUAUGGGUGAAGGACCUUCAUUUGCAAAUUGGAUGACAGUAUGUGUAAUGCCACUUACUAAUCAUAGCAUCAUGAUGAUAGGGCAAGGUAACUAAUCUUUGGUCUAUGUAAAAAGGUGGGAAGUGAGACAAAUUGUGGACAUGCAAGGAAAUAGGAAAGCUGUUUCAAUGAUCAUGUUCUAAUAGAAUAACAUGAAUAACCUUGUAUGGUGGGGAAGGAAAAUUUUGGAAGUCGACACAGUCCAUUUAACCAAAUUGUAUAGCAUAACGUAACAAAAUUAAUUUCACGUUAGGAAUGUAUGCCUAAUUCUUUUACUUUUUAUAACUGCAUACGUAAGAACUUACUAUUCUAUUUUUCAAACGUUUGUAGCUUAUUGUUUAGGAUUAUUUCUAUAAUGUAGGCAAGUUCUUAAGAACCACCUGCUGUUAUGUAUAGUAGAGGUAUUCACAUCCAUAAUUCUUAGCGGAAAAUCCAAAGGGCCUUGAUGUUAUUUUUUAUUUCACCCAUU